CAACCUCUCGACAAACUUCCAACACGGACUGCGAUUAUCCGCAAGGAGAGGAAUGAUCAGCCACAGUCUCCUGAGGUUGUUCGGACCGGUAGCACAGCUGCUAACAAACUACCGGAGUCCAGCACGCCAUCCCCAUCGCAUUUGGAGGCUGCAAACUCCGUUCCACUGCAACAUUCCGCAGUAUCCUCGCCUGUAUCCACCACUUCUCCUCCCCAGCUAAUACACCGUUUGCCGGCAGAACAAGUCUGGAAGCAGUUCACAGAGGCGUGUUGGGUGAUAUAUCGCAAGUCACGCCUCCCCAGCAAACUCUCUGAGCGUCUUCCAGACCAGUUGGCAAUGGCCUUCUGGAACUUGUUUAUUGCCUCGGCCUAUACAGAGCAUUUUUUGCCAGAGGAAUUAAGAAACGAUGAAGAGGACACGGAAGAAGCCCAAAAGUUGGAGAGUUUAAUGAAGGAUGAAAUACCCGGUAAGACGAGCAACGAAGGAGCAGGAAAAUGCAAAAUUGCGCCGUAUUCGGAGAAGGAUCAGCUAGACAAGAAGCAUCCUUUAGAACCAGCCAAGAGUGAAGCCCUUAAAUCUGAUGGGAAAUUGGAGGAAAAGAAGCCGGUUGAAAUAAAGGAUCCUCAACAAGCAGAAAAGAGGGAAAUAGAUCCCGGCCAAGGAAAUCAAAAGGUUGCUGAUACAAAUAAGUCAAAGCAGGCCAAGAGCAGUUGUUGCAAAGUGUCUAUACCACCGAUCCGAAUUCCCGUGCUCAUGGAGAAAACCGAAUUAAUUUGUCUGCUCAGCCAAAUAGCAGAAAAUCUAAGUCUGAUGAGUGGAAAUUCACAUAGCAUAAAUAGCACUCUACAGGAUCUGGCCAACGGCGCAACCAUGAAGGAGCGAUAUAAACGAGACUCUAGCCAAGAAGACUCCAUGCAGAAUAAGGAGGGUGAGAAGAAUAGUUGA